CCCGCCAUAUCGACGGAGCUCUGCACAAUGGGCUUCACCGGAAAGAGCCUCCAGACGGCCCAGCUCUUGCUGGUCGUCCUCCCAGCAUUCGUCCUCUUUGGCUACAAUCAAUCGGGUGUGGGAGGUCUCCUCUCUCUAUCAGAUUGGACCAAGCACUUCCCCGAAAUCGAUACUGUUCACGCUACUGGAGCUGUGAAAAGCCACAAGUCGACUGUGCAAGGCGCAGUUGUCGCGACAUUCACUAUUGGAGCUCUGUUUGGCGCUCUAUCUUGCUCUUGGAUCGGCGACGUGCUAGGACGACGCAAGGUCAUCUUCGGCGCGGCAAUUCUUACUCUUAUCGGAGAGAUCCUACAGUGCACCAGUUUCCAGGUUGCUCAGUUCGUUGUUGGCAGGUUCAUCCUCGGCUGGGGUGUUGGAACCCUUAGUGCUACAGUGCCAGUGUGGCAAUCCGAGUGCUCUUCUACCGCCAACCGCGGCAAGCACGUCGUCCUUGACGGCUGCUUCAUCAGUCUCGGCUACCUCUUGGAAGCAUGGAUCAAUCUUGGAUUCUUCGAAAUCAAGAACAACGCCCCUCUGCAGUGGCGCAUCCCCCUCGCCAUUCCUUGCCUGAUCUCUCUGAUCCCGUUGGCGACUGUGUUCACUAUUCCCGAGUCUCCAAGAUGGCUUGUAAACAAGGGUCGCAUUGACGAAGCACGGGCCAGCUUGGCUGCGUUCAAGGGCGUCUCGCAUGAUGAUCCUGAGGUGUAUGCUGAGGUUGGUGGCAUUGAGUUGGCGCUCGAGGAGACAGGUCGCAGCGCCGCGAAGCUGAGCGAUAUCUUCACCAUGGGAGAAGACAAGCUUUUCUACCGAUUUAUGCUCUGCAUCUUCUUGCAGUUCCUGCAGCAGAUGUGCGGAAGCAAUUUGAUCUCCACGUACUCCACCAUCAUCUUCCAGCAAGGUCUCGGCCUCGACAGCGAACUCUCCCGCAUCCUCUCCGGCGGUGCUCUGACGUGGAAGUUCCUUUCCUGCUUCGUCGCCUUCUUCACCAUCGACCGCUUCGGACGUCGCAAGCUCUUCAUGUUCAGCGGUGCCGGCAUGGCCUCGUGCAUGCUUGCUCUCGCCGUCGCGUCCAGCUUCCCCAAAACCAACAAGCCUGCGCAAAUCGCCUCGGCGCUCUUCGUCUUCCUGUUCAACUUCUUCAUCCCCAUCGGUUUCCUCGGUGCCAACUUCCUGUACUGCACAGAAGUCGCGCCUACGAGGUUGAGAGUUCCAAUGGCAGGUAUCAGCACAGCCAAUCAUUGGCUGUGGAACUUCGUCGUCAACAUGGUCACUCCGGUUGCCAUUGACACAAUCGGAUGGAAAUACUACCUCCUCUUCCUCAUCAUCUCUGCACUCGUCCUUCCUGUCGUGUACUUCUUCUACCCCGAGACCAACGGUCGCAGUCUCGAGGAGCUGGAGACGAUGUUCACAGAGAACAAGUCGAUUCGAAGCAUUGUCAGGGAGUCGAAGAAGCCAUUCAAGGGCUCCCUCCAGCAUCGACGUUCGAUGGAAAAGAGCGGAAUGGUAGAUGAGGACGAAUACGCUGCAUGAGCUAGACAGAGAACAGGACACGAAAAUGUGACGUACGAGCUCAUUAGUGGGG